UUAUAAGCGAUUUUCCUCUACGGCUCUACCACCAGUGUCGUGCAUGUACAUAUAUACGUACGACCGUGGUGUGGACAAAAUGAUCUGAAUUUAAAUACGUAGUGAAAAGUGAACGUACAGUGAUAAUACAAAAUAAUACGUGUAAAUAAGGAAAACACGUUGAAUUGUAACAAAAUCGUUUCCGAAACUGAAAUGAUUAUGGCGUAGUUCUCAAAAGAAUGUACUCUGUCCUUCUCUGUGUCCAACGAGAUAAAAUGUUUGCACAAGUAUAUCAGUGAAUCAUGGAUUAUCUUAUGAAUAUGUGACUGGCAUUAUCUUACCGUUCUUAUUGCGUCGUUUCAAUGUGUACGCGACUACGCAAUUAACGCGUUAAACGGGAUAACCUUGAUGACACAAACCUCAGUUACAUCCCAGUGCACUUUGCCCAGAACGUAAUCAUUUCGACGUUGGCUGCAUUAUUGUGAAGGACAUAUGCUGUGAAAAGAAAAUGAGUUGGCUACCGAGCAAUCCAUUGCGACCGAAAAAGCAGCGAUCCCGAGACUCGCCACCGAAAGAUGCUGAUCCAUCCGCAUGUUACGAUAGCUUUUGUAAACACUCGCAGCAGAUUUACGAAAUUAUUCUGCAUUCCUUACCUCCUAAAGGGAUACCUAGUCAUGACGAUGUACUUGGAGUUGUUAACCAUGUUGACCAGAUGGUGACAUUACUAAUGCUGGAGCUACGGGAUUCAAAUUCGCAUAAUCAUUAUCAACAGGACAACACCGCAACGCAUUCUCCAUGUUUAGAAUAUUUAUUAAGUGAAAAUUUACUUGUUAAAUUGUACGAUUGGAGUAUAUAUACAGGAAGAUUUAAUAAUGCAGUGAGAUUGGCACAAAUAAAGCUUUAUGAGUUAUUAAUUUCACAUAGUGGUGCUCUUCUUGCACAUGAACCAGUUACAAGACCGCUUCUGCGAUUAUUAGAAGAAUGUGCAAACGAUAUUAUGCUAUUAGAAGUAGAAAAAAAAUUAGUAGUAUUAUUGAAUCAGCUAUGCGUUGCCUUAAUGCAAAAUAUGGCAUUACUUGAUUUGUUCUUUCAUUCAACUGCAACUAUGAAGAAUAAAUUCAUCAUAUUUAAUCUAUUAAUACCUCGCGUUCAUCGGGAAGGUGAUAUCGGCCAGCAAGCACGUGACGCUAUGUUAUUAUGUAUGUCACUUUCUAAAAAAAAUGACGAAGUUGGAUUAUACAUCGCUGACCAUUCCAACAUAUGUCCUGUACUAGCUACAGGAUUGAGUGGCCUUUAUUCUUUACUUCCAAGAAAACUCGACAUCGAAACGGAUGAUUGGCAUCAACUUACACCGGAUGAUGUGAAUGAUUUACCUGCACUUACACAAAUUAUGAAUUCUCUAGAAUUCUGCAACGCAGUUGCGCAAGUGGCACAUCCGAUGGUACAGAAACAGUUACUUGAAUUUUUAUAUCAGGGUUUUCUAAUUCCCGUUAUGGGCCCAGCAUUGUUACAGGAUUCUCUUGGCUUGACUAUAGAACAGCUAGAUGCACAACAAUAUUGGACAACCGUGGACGAAUUGGUUACAGCCACAGCUUAUUUUGAUUUGUUUCUUCGAUCUGUGACCGAUCCUGGCUUGUUACGAUCGCUUGUUAGAUUUCUAUUAGAAGACAAUUUUGAUGACUGUAGAAUAUUGGAUAGCUUAAUACAGAGGAUUUCUUCUCGAUCAAGGUUGUGCAUAGUUACUCUGGCAUUGUUUGAAACGCUAGUUAAUUUGAAUUGCGAAGAUGUUAUGUUGGAAUUGUGUCUGGGCGCAUUAAAUCCAUGCUCACAUGUAAUGCUUUCUCAGCGUAGCCGACUGAGAGAUAUAGAUCCUUUUGGACGUGCAGCAGAAAAAUUUUUAUCCCUAACACCAAGUUGCUGCUCUGUAUUUAUGUCAUCUGAUUCACAAGCAAAUUCUUUACCUAAUACCGUACCAUCUACACACGACAGACAUGGAUAUACCACAUCUGAUUCCAUGAAAUCGCUACCGGCAUCGAUAAAUUACGGUACCAGAUUAUCAGACAGCUUGUAUGGAAAUUAUCAUGCAUAUCUCUGUGAUGCCAGACAAAAGAUCAAAGCUUGCCGUAUUGCGUGUUCCAAUUGGUCUUGCCAAUAUGAUGGUAAUUUACUUCGAAAUAGCAAUACAAGUAGCAUAACUACGUUGACAGAUGAAAAUAUAAUAUCUAGUCAAGUACAGAAAAAGAUAGAAGAAUCUAGAGCCUUAGAAAUGAUUAAGAAUACCAUGAAAUUGUGUGAAAGUAAUGAUAGCCCAUCACUGGACAAUGUAUUACUUAAUAUUCAAUCCUUGUUGGAGGGUAAAGAUUUAAAUAGCAAUGAACAUAAUGUUAAAAGUGAAUUGAAUUUGGAUAUUGCGCUAUCUCUUGAUGAACAGACACAAUUAGAUGCUGAUAUUGCAGAAUUGUUGAGCGAAAAUAUCGGAAUGACAGAAUGUACAGAAGAAACCUGCCUAGAGAAGAAGGAAUCGGAUAGCUGCAUAGAUAAUUCGACUACGGCUCUGAAUUCGCUUAUGUCAUUGGGUGAGAGUAGCGGUUAUGAAAGCUUUGCGUUUAAAGGAUCGCCAGAAUCAACGCCAGAUAACGAAACCAGCGAGGAUCGUAUGAGUGAACAUGACGAAAUGCAUGUUGUAAUUAAGAAUGAGAUUGCCGAUGUUGCUAUGCGUAAUGUCGGGGAAUCAAAUCCCCAGACAACGGCAGAAGCAUUAUCUAGUAAAUCAAAUAAGGACCUUUUAUAUCGACAAGAUGUGUUUAACGGGCAACCAAAUGUUGGCAUAUUUUUAGACGUGGUUUUACGGAAACUUGAAUGUAUGACAAGCAAUAAUGUGUAUGUCAAUUUACACCUCACAGGCCUUAUUAGCAGAUUGGCGAUAUACCCGCAACCUUUAUUGCAAUCGUUUUUGCUGAAUCAUUCUCUUGUAUUUCAACCCAGCAUCAGAUCUUUAUUUCAGGUGCUUGCAUCAUUAAAACACAAAAUAGAUCAAUCUCUCUCGAAACAAAAUAACGUGGAUUUAUUGGUUGAACAAGCAAGAUCAUUUCUGAUUAGUCGAGAAAAUAAAUUAGUGAAUGCAAGGAAGAAUGUAAUGGAAGCUGCUGCCCAAUCUUCAUGUAUUAAAAGACAUUCUUUGACUGGUGAAUCAUUUUCAAGGGGUAUUAUUUAUUUCUUAAACAUAAGAAUUAAGUAAGAAUAUUCUUAAAGUCGCCAGCAGUAAU